AGAAGAAGUGAGCUGCCAACUGCCAGCUAUUUCCAAAAUAAAAAUAUCAAAAUACUUUUUUAUACCCACAAACUAAAAGAGAAAAGUUUUACAUGGUUUUACUAUUUAUUGCGGUUUAAUGUAAUAGUCAGUUUUAUUUUAGAUUAAUUAUGAUUGGAGAAUAAUACAUUUUUUUAAAAUAUGAAGAAACAUUCAUUGGACAUUUAACUGAACUUUUUAAGAAAAAUAUUUAUUUUGAUCUAAACAAUUCAAAUUGUUGGUGAUAAAAUUAUUUAUUAUGAUAACAGGAAACUGAGGGACACAAACGGGAAAAUGGUUCCAAUUCCGUCUGAAUACCAAUAUGAUUUUUGGGAUAAGACAUCUCCAGAGUGUACCAUAACAUUAACUUGUCUUAUGCCUAAUGGAAUCCUAAUUUUGUUAGAUAAUACGAACUACAAUGCAUCUCUUGCUGAAAUCAAGGAGGACCUGUGGGAGGAAGCUGCAAAGUUUCCUCUCUUUGGUAAGCUUCACGACAUGUCAGGAUAUAUUUUUACUUACAUCAAUUCUAUGGCAGAAAGAGAGAAACUUAACGAUGAGUCAAGAAGGUUAUGUGACAUUAGACCUACAGGGUCUAUCCUCAUAGUUUCCGAAUGUGGAGGUGAAAAGUCAGAUGAUACCCUCAAUAUAUCUAUAGGACAUCUGAUUGGAAAACGUCUUCAAGAAUUUGACUCCCUUAACAGUUCAGAAAUCAAUGACUUUCGUUUCAAAAUGAGACGAAUGGGGGACGAACUAGCUCAACAUAGAGCAAAGCAAACCUGGGUAGAUCGUCUGAAGUAUCAGUUUCCACCUAGACUCUUAUAUGACAGUUAUGUAUUAGAACAAGAAAUCAAUAGAAAUAUAAAAAUAUCAACGAAGUUUGAUCACGAAUACGAUUUUUAUGAAAAGAAAAACGAGAAGGAGAUCAUGCAAAGCAGUUACACCUUUAAUGUACCAGCUGUCAUAAAUCCCAAACAACUAUUAGAAAUGUUUUUGGCCAAAAGAGCCACAACGCUAAAUAUUCGAAAUGAGAGGGUUAGUGAAUAUGUUUUGAAAGUUUGUGGACAGGACGAAUUUUUAAUAGGAGAUAAUAAAAUUAUUGAGUUUCAGUAUGUCCAGGAUUGUAUUUCGAGAAAUAUUAUGCCUACUUUAAUCACUUUACAUAUAGAUAAAGUGCCAGUAUUCAAGAUUAACGAUUACGAAAGUUUGGAAAUUUUUGAAAAUAAGAAAUUUCAUUCGGCCCCGUUUGGUUCAACUAAUACGUUACGGAAAAAGAAGAACAGUCUUUCUUCCUGGUCUAUACAAGACAAUUAUUUAGUUAAAAUAUGUACAGUGUGUAAAUUAAACUGUGAUCUAAAGAAAACAUCAGAGAUUGGCAUUCAAGCAGGUCUCUUUCAUGGCGGAAAAUCUUUAUGUCAACCGAAAAAGACUUUUGACUGUUCUAUAGAUGAUAAAUACGAGUGUUCAAUUAAUACUGAACUAGUCUUUGACAUAGAUGUGUGCAAUAUACCAAGAAACGCUAAGUUGUGUUUUGUUGUUUAUGAAGUUAAUAAGUAUGCAAAAGGAACUAAGUCCAGAAAAUCUAAAGAUUCCAACAAGGAAAAUAACUUAUCAAAUAAUCCAUUAGCUUGGGCGAAUACGUCGGUAUAUGAUUUCAAAGGUCAGCUGAAAAGUGGGGAUAUGACUCUGUACAUGUGGGCUUUUGCGGACGACAUGAAUUCAGACGAUGUAUUACAUCCCCUCGGAACAGUAGUUAGUAAUCCUUAUAUUGAACAAUCUACUACAUUGACUCUUCACAUCAAAAGCUAUUCAACUGACCAAACUGUAGUUUUUCCAUCUAUCGACACAAUUGUAAAAAAUGUAGACCUAGAUAACGAAAAUGAGACUGAACAAAAUGAUGAAAUCGCUAGCUGUAAAAAAUUAUUAAAUGAAUCGGACAGUUUGUACGAAGCUCACGAUCAGGAACGUAAGAAAAUAUGGGCUCUAAAACACCAUUGGCGUAAAACGGAUCCAGAAGUUUUACCUAAACUUUUAUAUUGUAUAGACUGGGAUAAACGUGAAGAAGUUAGCGAAGUAGUCGCAAUGCUCAAAGUAUGGCCUAAGCUACCGGUAGAGAAGGCUUUAGAACUAUUAGAUUACGCAUAUGCUGAUCAGGAAGUUAGAAAAUUUGCUGUAGACUGUUUAUAUGACGUGAGCGAUGAAGAUAUUCUCCUAUACCUUCUGCAGCUAGUUCAAGCCCUUAAACAUGAACUAUAUUUAGAAUGUGAUUUGGUAAAUUUUCUUCUUAGAAGAGCACUUAGUAAUCAACAAAUAGGACAUUACUUAUUUUGGCAUCUUAGAGGCAUUACUCUACUAGCAUCUACGUAUAAAAUCUUCGGCAAUGUAUUGUUUGAAAGACUGAAACUUUUCACAAAGGAUAUUGUUGGUCAAUAUCAAUGCGGAUUCACUGCUGGAAAGUCAACUAUACAUCAAAUUCAAGCACAUAGACAGAUUCUAGAAAAAUCAAUAGAAUAUAACAUAGAUACCCACCAUCUCUUCGUCGACUUCAAAGCAGCCUAUGACAGUGUUAAAAGAACUGCAUUAUAUAAUGCAAUGAUUGACUUUGGGAUCCCACCGAAUUUGGUUAAGUUGACCCAACUAACAAUGCAAAAUAGAAAAUGUAUAAUUUUGUGGAAUUAUAAUUUUAGGAUAGAUAAAUGUAGAGUAAUGGACAGUAAGAUGAGACCACUUUGGAUAGUGUUCGAGAAUUCAGAUGCGUAUGGAGAAGACAUCUACAUAAUUUUUAAGAAUGGUGACGACCUCAGACAAGAUAUGCUAACAUUACAAAUGAUUAAAAUUAUGGAUAAGUUGUGGAAAAAAGAAAAUCUGGAUUUACGAAUGAAUCCAUAUGGCUGCAUAUCAUUAGAAAAUCGUGUUGGUAUGAUAGAAGUAGUAUUAAACGCAGAAACGAUAGCAAACAUUCAAAAAGAAAAAGGGAUGUUCACAGCAACGGCUGCCUUUAGAAAGGGACCUAUCUUAGCAUGGUUAAAAGAUCACAAUACUUCUGAGAUGGCCUUAAAUAAAGCUGUUACUGAAUUUACUCUAUCGUGCGCUGGUUAUUGUGUGGCCACUUAUGUGCUGGGUAUUGCUGAUAGGCACUCUGAUAAUAUAAUGGUUAAACAAAAUGGACAAUUAUUUCAUAUAGAUUUUGGUCACAUUUUGGGACAUUUCAAAGAAAAAUUUGGUUUUAAAAGAGAAAGAGUACCAUUUGUCUUAACCCAUGAUUUUGUGUUCGUAAUCAACAAAGGACAAGCCGAAGAUAAGUUCUUAGAAUUUAAAAUUUUUCAGGAAUGUUGCGAGAAGGCAUUCAUGGUAUUGCGAAAGCAUGGAAACCUUUUUAUAUCACUAUUUUCCAUGAUGAUAUCGACAGGAUUACCAGAAUUAAAUUCCGAAAAAGAUCUUAACUAUUUGAGAGAUACUUUGGUGUUGAAGAUGUCUGACGACGAAGCCUUACUCCAUUUUAGGUCAAAGUUUAAUGAAGCUCUUUCAAAUUCUUGGAAAACUUCUGUGAAUUGGGCUACUCAUAACAUAGCUAAAAAUAACAGAGGGUAGUAUUCAUUUUUGUUUACAUUUGAUUAUGUUGCCAAGCUGAUAAGAAUAAAGUGCCAACAUGUAGUAAUAGCAUAUUUAUACACUAAGUUACGAAAUUAUUUGUAAAUAAAUUUUGUCAAUAUUC